AUGAGCAGUAUAACAACAGCAAAAGUCGAAUCCAAAGACCCUUCCAAUAAGUACGCAGCGCUUAUCCAUCAGUUUAACACCCUCGAAAAGGACUGGAAUUCCUUCAAAAACAAUUCCAGGCCAAGAAAUCAGCCCCAGAGCCCCCAAGCAGACACCACCACCACCACGACCACCAGCGCCCUCACCUAUUCCCGUCACUUGUCGCCCCCGAGAGGCCUCAUGAAGUCACCUCCCGACCGCUCUUGGGCGGUCCGGGAGAUACUCCGGGACAGAAGGGCCGCCUUGGCAAGCGGCAGGCUCAAGGGGAGGCGCCUCUUUGGAGACGAACCAUCACCAGAGAUAGAUUGGUCGGAGUUCGACUGGAUGACUUGUACUUUUCCGGUCGAGAAAGUGGUUGUCGUGGAGGAGGAGAGGGUGGUGGGGGCCGACAAGAGGGGCAGGGGCAGGGGCGGUUACGUGUCAGCCAUGGCGUGGUUUGCUUUUGUGUUGAUUCUGGUCACUGUUGGGCUUGUUAUGAUGAGCUGCAGUGGGAAAUUUGUGGGGCAGAAUGAGUUUGGCCUAGUCCCAACUUAG